GCCACGUGAUCUCAAAUAUGGCUGCAGAAGAAAACAAGCUUCAAUUUAUGUUUUGGUAGAUUUUUAUCGCUAGGUACCACAGAAGUAUAAAAUAUAAAUAAAUGACAGAAGACUCCACUCGAUUAAGGCAGGUAGGACUUAAAGAAUUGCAGCUGCUCGGCUAUAUUAUGCAUUUUAUUUUAAAGGCUUAGGCUUUAUUCUGAUAGACUACACUACGUUGCUGCAACCAAGUUACUAAGUACUGGCAUAUGAGUGAAUGAAAUGUGCAACGGUUUGGGAAACGAUGCGGCUAUCCUAACCGCUGCUAGAGGGUGCCAGGGCAGCCUUGACACUCUCGAUUGAUAUCGAGUCCAUGGCGGCAUUGUCCAGUUGGUUCCAAGCAAUUAUUGUUCGUGGGAAGAAUGAUUGUUUAUAUUAUUGAACUGUGUUAAACCGAGGCACAGUGAAGCAUUUAUCAUUGUUCCGGAUGUAACUGCUCAUGGAGUUGUCAGAGGUGAAGUCAGUGUUUAUUGAGUGUUUGGCUCUGAUUAAGCUACCAGGCUUCUGCGGGGUUAGAUUCUUGUUAGCUGGAACCUGCGGGAUUAGAUACGUAGUAUUAUUAGGAACGCCUAAUUUAUACUUAUUAUUUAUUAUAUUAUUAUUGAAUUAGCAUAUCAAAAUAUCUUAACAAUUGUCAACUCAAUAUUGUCAAUAAUUCAAGUUAAUAUUAUUAAUUAAUUAAUAUCAAUUUAAAUGCAUUCUUUAUUAUUUAGAUUCAUUUAUUUGAAAACUUUAUUUUCAUUGCCCCUUGCCUUAGCCUUAGGCUUAGGCUUAUCGGUUAUGAAAAUGAAUGUAAGUUUAGUUAGGCCUAUCAAUAUGAAUUUAAUAAUGACUGAAUAAUGAUUAUUUAUCUUAUUAUCAUUAAAGUCACUAUCAUUUACUAAAUGAUUUAGGCCUAGUAGUAGUAGACCUACUUAUUAAUAUCAGGAUAACCGGCAUUACAGUUUAAAUUUUACGAUUACUUCUAACGUCUAACAUAGAGCCUACUUAGAUUAAGAAUAAAGGACAACGGUUAAAGGAGCUAGGCCAAGACUGCAGAAUGCAUUUAUUUUAAAAAAGGUAUUUUCAUUGACCUUAGCCUUAGGCUUAUAAAAAUUAAUGUAAUUUAGGCCUGAAUAUUAUGAUUGAUUGAUGAUUAUCAUUAGUUUCUUUAAUUUAGGCCUGUCUAAGCCUAUCAGGAUUACUGGCAUUAUUACAGUUUAAAUUUUACUAAGUUUGAUUACCUAACUUGUAGUAAUGUACUUACACUACAAUGGUUUUUUUUGUUAGUAUAUAAUAGGAGGUGAUUAGUAUGUAACAGUAGGCCUGAAUUUCUUAAUUAUUAAUAUCAGAGCUCUGCAACCUUUUUUCAAGCAUAGUCCACCCUCAGCCUUUCCCAGAAUGCCAUGGCACAUUUCAAAAGCAAAUUAUAAAAAAUUAAAAUAAUGAAAUGGAUUUCAGAGUGCAUACAUGAGCCAUCAGAACUCUUAUGAUAAAUAGCAGAAUGUAUUUAAGAUUCACAAUGGAUUGUAAUACUAAAAAGUAUCUAAUUACGCUGUAUUGUUCCAUAUUAACUUCCAUAUUCUAAUAAUUUCUGUCCCUUUUGUAUUUACAGAAUUUUAUCACAUUUAUGUGCCUUUACCUUUUCUUCUUGUAGAAGCAUUUUCACAACACAUCUAGCAUCAUCUCCCUGCACACCUAGCAUCAUCUCGCGCCACACCCGUUGCGGAGCUCUGGUAAAAGCAUCAAACAAAUUAUCUAAUUUAGGCCUAAAUGUAGUCUUCAUAUUUAUUUAUUAACUAGCCUCUUCAUUGGAUUCUAACUACACUAUUAUGACCCCAAAAAAUGAAUCUGUUUAUCCCUAUAUACCAGCCUACUAUUAAAAUAAUAUUGAAAUAAGAUGUUAAUUUGGGUUUCCUAGUGCUUAAUUAGUUAUUUUUUUAUGUGCAUGCACCAAAUUUGAGCAUUCUCUGUUUCUGACUUCUGUUGCCUUUUUUGGAAGGAUGUUCACAUCACUUUAAAGACUUAUGAGCCAAGGUUCUCCCAUUUUGCAUGUUACUUUUGUCUUUAAAUUAAAUUGGCUUUUGUGAGACACAAAAUAUGUUUGUGUUGCAAAGCAAAAAUUACCAAUUAUUUGGAAUUAAAUUUUAAAUGAAAAAUUUAUGCCUUCAAAUUUUGCUCCUAUAAAAAGAAACAUACUCCAGAUUUCAGAACGAGUUGAUUUGCCCUAAACCAGACAUUGUAUACUUUUAUACUAUAUCAAUCCCUCCCAAAUUUUUCCCAAAGUAUAAUAUCUAAUACUCUUGUCUAAGAAUGAUCUUAAUUUAUAAAGCUGUUAUGGCUGGAUCUAAUGAAUAAAAUUAUUACUGAAUUAAUGAAAUUAAUAUAUAUAUAUAUAUUCAGGACUUAUUAAAUUGGGUUUGAAUAUCACCCUCAUUUUUUUCAGGCUGAUGAGAUUCAAGCAUUAUCAUCAAUUUAUGGGGAAGACUGGUGUGUGCUUGAUUCAUCAACUCACAGAUAUGCAGUGCGUAUUACAGAUAGUGCAGAGACACCAAAAUGGAAAGUCACCUUACAGGUUAAUAGAUUAUUUUCCUAUUUACUUCAAUUUCACUGACUAAGACUGAGUAAGGUAUAAAAAAUGGGUAGUUUCUGCAUUAGUUCCCUAACAAAAAAUAAAAAAUAUUUUUCAUUUCUUUCUUUAUUCAAAUUUGUGUGGCUUAUGCAUUCCCUGUUAAGUUUUUAAAUAGCCAUCACAUUUUAAAAUAUGUCUUAAAAUAAAGAUGAGGUUUGACAUGUAGUGGUCUGCCAAAACCCAUAAAUUAUAGCACCAUACUUUUUGUUGCUCUUUAACUUGUUUGAAUCAUUGUUUAAAGCCCUAUGUUAUAAAUGCAGGUGCACAUGCCAGAAGGAUAUCCUCAAAACUCUCCUCCAGAGUACCAAAUAAGGUGAGCAGUUAAAACCACAAGGGAGAAAUUUGUUAAGGUUUAAAGUACAAUCCUCACUGUAUUGUGGUAAGCUUUGAUGUCCCUCUCAUUUUAUUUUUAAACAUUUUUAAAAUCUUUUACGUUUCUUAUUAAUCUCAUACCCAAAUCCUUUGAUUUUAUGAGACGCCUCUGUAAUUCAACAGGCCUACGAUUUCCUGUCAGAUAACAGUUAAGUUAGUUUCUCUUUGUUUUUCUUUUUUGCGGUCCAAGCCUUCUCAUUGUCUUUCUUCAGGUUUCCCCCCCGCUGUUCAUAUUUCUUAUCACAAAGAAAUGUCAUGACCUGAAAUUAACAAUUGAAAAAAAUUUCUAUUUUUAAUAUUUUUUUUUAAACUUUAGAACCCAUGGAGUUUAAGCAGAAUUGGUAGAUGUGGAAUAGAAGUUACCAUUGCUUUUUUAAAAAAUGUUGAUCAACUACGGUUGGCUUAGAUCAGCGGUUCUCAACCUGUGGGUCGCGAUCCCUUUGUGGGUCGUACAACCCUUUCCCAGGGGUGGCCUAACACCAUCUGAAAACACAUAUGCUCUACAGUUAUGAAAUAUCAACGAAAAUAAUUUUGAGGCUGGGGGUCGCCGCAACAUUAGGAACUGUAUUAAAGGGUCGCGGCAUUAGGAAGGUUGAGAACCACUGGCUUAGAUCAUUCAAGUGUAUUGCUUAUCAUGAUCAAUCUGCAACAAACAAAAAAAUGAGUUAAAAAACUGAAGAAAAUAAAAGUAAUGUUUAUUUUCAUGAUUCCCUUUAAGUGAAUGAUAGAAUAUAAUGUUCUCAGUCCCUUAUUGGGUUCUAUGAAUUAGAUCACUGCAUUUAGUGAAUAUUUAUUUACAAUUUUCAGUGCGCCAUGGCUGAGAGGGGAAGAACGCAACAGGCUAGAAGACGCUUUGGCUCAAGUUUACUGGUAAAGGAAUCUUCUGCCAUUUCUAAAUUACAUUAAGGCAACAGAUCAAUGGUCUUCCAAAAUGUAACUGUGAAUAUGGUAAUCAUUUAUGGGACAAGUUUCCAUGGGAAGACUUAGCAAGGGCCCAUUGGAUGCUUAAAUCUCCAGAAUUGUUAUUUUAUAGUGCAUUUCUUUAAGAUUAGAAAUUAUGAAUGCAGACACAUUUGUGUUCAUAAAUAAAUCAAUUUUUGUGUUCAUCACAUUAGCAUUAGAGGCCAGUCAUUAGAACCAGGACUAGGAGAUUAUAAGAGGGCUAGUGUUUUAGAGGUAAUUCUCUUUUUUUUCUCGUAGCUGUCUUUACAUAAAUAUCUAUAUAAAUUACAGUGACAACCUAGGAGAAGAUAUUGUGUAUCUCUGGGUUGAAGCUGUCCGGGAAUUCUUGCAACAGAAAACAGACCAAGGUAUUUUUUUUAAAAUCAUGAUAUUUUCUUGUUUUAGGAUUGCCUUUUGGAGUAAAAAAAUAAUUGUUUAUUAUUAGCCUAAUGAACACAUUUGAUAAACUCUUACAUCCACAGAGCACAUUUCAUGGACUCUAAUAUUCUUAUAUCCACAAGAAAUUUAAGUGACAUUUUCUAUCCACAUAGCAUUUGGAGUAAAGUAUUUUUAUAAUAAUAUAUAUCGUCAUAUGGUACUAACUGCAAAAGGUGGACUUGAUGUAUUGGAGAAUUUCAAAUAGCUGAAAAUGUCAUCAUUUCUUUAUCUAGUCAUCUGAAUAUAAUUGUUUAUAACUCUAAUUAUUUUCUAACCGCACUUGCAAUUCCUAAGUAGAAAUUGUGUUCGUUCUGAUUGGAGUAAUGUAAAGGAUCAUGUAGUUAUGAAUGAUUUAAUAAAUUAAAGUAAAAAUUUUUUUAUUCCUUUAAACUGCAAAUCUGGUCUGUCGGCUUGGACUGCUGUAAAGGAACAUGUAAUAAUGAAUGAUCUAAAAAAUUUUAAACAAAGAUUUUUUUUUCAUUCCUUUAACCCGCAUCUCUUUUUGCAUAAAUGGAACACUCUCUCCCCCAUCAAGAUGGUCAUGUUGAUGACAGAGCAGAAGUGAAGCCUGCUGUGGAUUUGCAAGAUGACCUUGAUCCCACUGCUGAGGAUCUGGAGACUUCUUUGUUUACAUAUAGUCGCACGCCAGCAAAUUUAGGUAGGCAGCUGUUCUAAUUAAAUCCAUUCCUUAGUGCAUGAGAGAAAUGUGUGUUGUCAAGUGUUUUUCUCAUCUUUGCUGCAAUAACUUUGGCAUUGGAAUUUGUUAAAUGUGAAUUUGUAAAACUGCAAACUUGGAUGUCUCACAUAAUCAAUGCCUUAAGCAAACCAAAAUAGGGAGUCUAGGGGGAAACUGAGUUGCCCAAUGAACCAUGUACCCCACGGCUCAUAAUGAACCAAAUACAACAUGCCCUAAGAUGAAAAAAUGGGGGCAUAAUUGAAAGGUAAGUAUGGGUGCCUCUUUUGAACAAAAAUAAUAAAGUGAGGUUGUGUGUGUGUCUAAAUGUUUCUUUCUUUCAUGAUAAGUUUCAGAAAGUUUAAUUAUGUAUAGUUUAACUCUUCAGUUUUUUAUUGUUUUGGCUCUGGAACUAAUCAAAUCGUUUCCCUUUGAGAAACUAUCUCAAGCAUAACAGAUCUGAUCAGGGAAGGGAUUAGGUUUGUUAUGUAGGGCACCACUGCAUAUUUUGAACUCUUUAAAGCUCAAUUAAUCUACAUACACUGCAUAUUUGUUUACAUUUGAUACUAUUGUCAUUGACCUUUUUCUCUGUAUUAUAAACAAUUAAAAGGGGAGCAUUCUUUGUGAGUGAUCUUCGCCGAAGACAGGAAAACAUUCAUUUUUUUUAUUUUAAAUACGACAAGAGAUUUUAGUAGAAUAAACAAUGUCCAAACUGAGUGUGUUUAGUUUUAGACAUUUUGAGCUCAGCAGAAUUUUUAAUUUUAAAAAGUUCAGACACUUUUUUCCUUUCAACACAGUUGAAUGCCCAGACAUUAUUCACGGAGAAACCAUCCUGGACAGGAAGAGCACCUUUCAGCCACACUUGGCCAUCGUCAGGGACAAAGAUCAGGUGUGUCAGCUCUGCCUUUAAGUACCUCGCAGUUUUGUCCUGUAGUUCAUUAGCUUCUGUGAUGUUGACCGACACUGAUGUCAUUGUUUAUUUGAAUGUCACUUGAUUUAUCAUCAAGCCUCCUUCCUGCAUCCACACGUCAUGAACUGUAAAAGAUAUUCUCUUGUGUCAGGUUUCAGCGGUGAUGAAUAAACUGAUGGAGAACAAGAAGAUCGCCAAUGCCACUCACAACAUGUUGGCCUACAGAAUCAUCGGGGACUCUGGUGUAGUUUAUCAGGGUUGUCAUGACGAUGGUGAGACCCAUGCAGGCUCGAGGAUGCUUCACUUAUUGCAGGUGAAUAAUGUUUAACAUCUUCUUCUUCUUAUAUUUGAGGGGCCCACGAUCAAUUUGUUGAUCAUUCUGGCUCCUGGUUUAAAUUCAGAGUUUGCCUUCUCUUAGAUGGGUUGCCGUCCAAGGCUAAUGAGUCCCAUCCACCCGGGUUGCUUGGGGUGUUGGCUUUGGUGGAGAUUGAACUCCAGACCACCAGCUAUUUGGUUUGAGACAUGAUUUUUUUAAAUCGAAUUUGUUAUUUCCAGAUAAGGGUUAAUAUAAUGAGAUAUUAGUACUAACAGUAGAGUCUCCAUGGGAGAGGCUGGUAGUAGUACUAAUAGUAGAGUCUCCUGGAAGAGGCUGGUCGUAGUACUAAUAGUAGAGUCUCCAUGGAGAGGCUGGUUUGUGAUUGCCAUUCUAUUUCAUGUUUGUGUUCAAAAAAUGUCAUCGUAAUAUGUCAACAGUGCCUGAUAAUCUAAACACCCUUUUUUUUAAAUUCUGAAUUUUUGCAUGUUUAACUUUGAGUCCUGUUCUAUAAAUUGCAACUUUUGAGUCCUGUUUUAUAAAUUGUAAAUGUUAUGUCCUGUCUAUAAAUUGUAACUUUUGAGUCCUGUCUAUAAAUUGUAACUUUUGAGUCCUGUUCUAUAAAUUGUAACUUUUGAGUCCUGUUUUAUAAAUUGUAAAUGUUAUGUCCUGUCUAUAAAUUGUAAAUUUUGAGUCCUGUCUAUAAAUUGUAACUUUUGAGUCAUGUUCUAUAAAUUGUAACUUUUGAGUCCUGUUUUAUAAAUUGUAACUUUUGAGUCCUGUUUUAUAAAUUGUAACUUUUGAGUCCUGUUUUAUAAAUUGUAACUUUUGAGUCCUGUUUUAUAAAUUGUAACUUUUGAGUCCUGUUUUAUAAAUUGUAACUUUUGAGUCCUGUUCUAUAAAUUGUAACUUUUGAGUCCUGUUUUAUAAAUUGUAAAUGUUAUGUCCUGUCUAUAAAUUGUAACUUUUGAGUCCUGUUCUAUAAAUUGUAACUUUUGAGUCCUGUUCUAUAAAUUGUAACUUUUGAGUCCUGUUUUAUAAAUUGUAAAUGUUAUGUCCUGUCUAUAAAUUGUAACUUUUGAGUCAUGUUUUAUAAAUUGUAACUUUUGAUUCAUGUUCUAUAAAUUGUAACUUUUGAGUCCUGUUUUAUAAAUUGUAACUUUUGAGUCCUGUUUUAUAAAUUGUAAAUGUUAUGUCCUGUCUAUAAAUUGUAACUUUUGAGUCAUGUUCUAUAAAUUGUAACUUUUGAGUCAUGUUCUAUAAAUUGUAACUUUUGAGUCCUGUUUUAUAAAUUGUAACUUUUGAGUCCUGAUGUAUCAAAUGUAACUAUUAAGUCCUGUUUUAUAAUUGUAACUUUUGAGUCCUGAUGUAUCAAAUGUAACUAUUAAGUCCUGUUUUAUAAUUGUAACUUUUGAGUCCUGAUGUAUCAAAUGUAACUAUUAAGUCCUGUUUUAUAAUUGUAACUUUUGAGUCCUGAUGUAUCAAAUGUAACUAUUAAGUCCUGUUUUAUAAAUUGUAACUCACUUAAUGCUUAAAUAUGAUUGUGUUUAUGUAAUUUGUACUUUUGCACAUAAAAUGGAUUAUGGCUUUCAUGUGUAGAACAUACAUAAAUGGAGAAUUCACUAUAUUCAUUUAACUUUAAAAAAAUGAGGCCCCCACCCCCCCCCCCACACACACACUUAAAAAUGAUAAUGACAGCCCCCCCCCUUCCCCUCACAUACACACACUUUUCCCCUCCAAAACUAUCUAUUCAAAGCUGGGGAUGAACCUGGGUCAGUUCGAACCUCCUUACCUUUUGAAUGAGACAGACAAAUCCGUCAUCGUACCACAAAGCCGAACCUCUAUUUAUCUACCUUGCUAAGAAUAGCAGUUGGUUUCCUGUUUUCUUUAAUCUUUUCUAUUGUAUUUUAUAUUGAAUCACAAACCCAUGUUGUUGUUGUUGUUUUUUUUUCCACCAAGUAAAAUUUAAAUGCCUUAAUUUAUUUAUUAUGGGGGGAUCUGCAAUGGUUCAAUUGUGGCCAUCAAUCUUGAUGAGCGGGGUGGGUGGGGGGGGGGCUGGUGGCCAUCAAUCUUGUCGGGCAUAUGUUGUAAUGAAGCUCAAUUCUCCACAGAUAAUGAAGGUAGAGAAUGUUCUUGUGGUGGUCUCCAGGUGGUAUGGUGGCAUACAGCUGGGACCUGAUAGGUUUAAACACAUCAAUAAUUGCUGCCGCCAAAUUCUGGAGGCAAACGGAUUUCUCUCAGAGAAGGUAAUUAAUAUGUGCAAUUUUGAUUUUGAACAGUUGCAAAUAUUGUCUAGUUGUAAUACUGACAAUUUGUAA